CAAAGAGCCAAGUAGCGCACCACUCACCCUCUCAGCGGCACCAGCCAGGCAGUAGCGCGCGUGCUGCCGGAGUGCUGAGGUUGGGUGUUGUGCGUCCGCCGUGCGUCUCCCAACACUGGACUGGUGACGGGAACUUGGCAUCCCGGACGACCCGUGACCCCGCGUUGCUGCGUCAGUGCCUGGUAGAGGAGACGCGUUGCCUUGGCGAGGUGCUCCGUGAACUGCCGCCUCAGGAGUCGAUGGGUCAGUAAUGCGGAAAGUGAGCAGGACGAAGUAAUUACCUGAGUGCCGCAGCUCUCUUCCGACGGUGCCAAGGUCGCCGCUACGUGAGAGGCACACACGCACGCCAGCCAGGACUUGUGCUUGGAACACGAGGAGCCGUCUUACGUGCAAGCCAUCCAGCAAUAGGCCGCGCACAGGACAGGGAGCACAGGUGAGUGGAGGAGGAAGGGAAGGGAAAGAAGGGAAAACUCGCCGCACGCAAAGUAAGGUCGUCGCGUAACACUUCAAGGCAGAACCGCGACAGUACUGCACCGACCCCCCUCACUCCCUCACUCACUCACUGCGCCUGAAGGACUUGUCUCGAGGGUCAUGAGAGGCAGGCACACGCAUUCCUGAGGGACGCCUGGCUCACCUCCACCUCCACCUCCCCCUCUGCCGCAGCCUGUCCAUGCCGCCUUCCCCCAGCCGCCUCCCUCCCUCGAGACCCGCCCGCCGGAGGUGAAGCACUCCUGCCGGUGAAGAACAUGACUCCCCAGGCACGCAGUGAAGGGUCGCAGCGCCCCAUAAGUGGCGGGCGAGCCUGGUGGUGCCCGUCACUUCCUAUCUUGCUGGUGAUGUUGGUGAUGCCCGCUGCCCCUUCCCUCGCCGCCACCCACGAGUUAAGCCCCUCGGCGCCUUCAGCAAAGGCACCACCGGGCGACCUUGCCACCAGGAGCUCCCACCACGACGCCCUCCUGCCUCCCCCCCAUGACCUCCGACCCGAAGAGGAGCCCGCCGCUGAUCGCACGCACGGUGACAGCGAUGAGGGUCCCGCUAACUUGCUGUUCCCGCAAAAGGAGGCGCCGGCAGCAGCAGGAGAGCUGAGCCUGGUGAUCCACAAAUGCUGUCCCGAGGAGGAGGUGUUUGAUCACGCCACCAAGAGCUGCCAGCCCAGCCGUGACCUCACCUUCAGCGUGCCUAUCUUCACCGUGGACUACUACGGCUUCUACAUGGAGUCCAACCUCACGCGGGACCAGGUGGAGCUGUGGACGUCCCCGCUGGACUGCGAGCGGUACCUGCUGGACGCCGUGCCCGAGAGGAAGCCGGAGUUUGACUUCCGCGUGCUGGACAACGGCCACCUGUGGGUGCCGGAGUACGAGCACCAGUACGACCUGGACCACUACUGCCUCGAGAACUUCGUGGUGAACGCCAGCGUGAAGGGCUCCCCGCACAUCCAGGGCGCCAUGGUGUGCGUGCUGCAAACCGAGGUGGAGACGUACGAUCCCUCCAAGAUCCCCGUCAGGAAAUGCUGCAUGCCCAACGAGGUGUACGACACAUCCUCCAGCUGCGCCCUUCGUUACAACGUCACCACUGAACCCUGGCUGGUGCCCUUCAAGUCUGUGGACGCGGCUCACAAGCAUGUGAAGAUGGUGGACAUCCGAGAGCCCCCCUUCAUGCACACCCACGAACUGGUGCCAAACUUCCAGACGUGCGUCGGGGACCAGAUGGGGUGGCAGGUGGACGCCUUCCACGUGCAGCAGGAGGAGGGCGGCCUGUACGUGCCUUUGCUGGACCGCAUCAUCCCCGACAACCAGUACUGCAUCGAAGACUUCCACACCAACGGCAGCCUCGUGCCCAUGGCGUACGUGUGUGUCAGCGUGGAGGAGAUGCAGCAGCUACAAAGACUCCAGACGCCAGGCUGCCAAUCUGACCCGUGCAUCGCCAAGUGCUGCAACCUCGGUGAGAUCCUGGACGCAGUCAGCAGCAGAUGUGUGCCCGCCGGGAACUACCCCUUCACCCCCUACAUCAAGCUGGACAAUGGCUCCCUCUUCCAGAUACCAGACCCGGACUACCGCAUCGGCUUUCCGGAAUGCGAGGUGCAGCUCACUUACGACCACGAGCGCGUCGAGCUGUUGUCCCGCGGCGUACUGCGCUACAUCACCAACGACACCAGCGAGUGCCAGCCGGAGCGGGCGUACGCCAUACCCAUGGGCGAGUACUGCAUCGACCAGGUGUACUACCCGUCCGGCGAGGUGCGGCAGGGCGCUGGCUUCUGUUUCAACAACAAGUGGGAGCACUUGGGUCAGCUGGAGAAGCAGGACGUGAACUACCUGUACUCAGUGUUCCUGGCGGUGUCUGACCUGUUCAUCCUGGUGUCCUUCAUCGUGUACCUGACCGUGCCGGACCAAAACAAGCGGGGACUCAACAAAAACGUGAAGCUGGCUCACUCCGUGCUGGGACGCAUCCUGCUGUGCUUCCUCUUCAGUCUGUUCUUCGCCUACCUGUUCCUCAUCAUCAUCAAGCUGUUCUCGGACCCCAUCAACCUGGCAUACCCCAGCGCCUGCAUCGGCAUCGGUGUGUGCAUGUACGUGUUCUUCAUGGCGACCUUCUUCUGGCUCAACGUACUGUGCUUCGAGCUGUGGUGGAAGUGUGCCAGGCAGGAGAGUUCCAGCGGGCGGCGGUGGGUGUGGUACCAGGUGUAUGCGUGGGCUUGUCCCCUCGUGUUCGGCGGCGUGUCCCUCAUCAUGGAGUUCACGCCUUCCAUCAGCAGCUGCUACAUCAAGCCCAACUUUGGCACCUAUUCCUGCUUCUUCAGCUACUCCGUGACACACAACAACGGCGCCAAGUGGGCUUACUUCUUCGGCCCCGUAGCUGUGCUGCUGUUCGCUGACUUGGUCUUCUUCCUUCUCACUGUUCGCUCCUUGCUCGUCACUGUCCAGCAGAGCCACAAGGGCACUGUACAGCGGCAGGCACGCCAGCGGCUCCGUCUCUGUUUCAAGCUGUUCCUGGUGAUGGGCAUCAGUUGGCUGGCUGAGAUCAUCUCCUUCGAGUUGGGCCCGAGCACAGUGUGGUACAUCUCAGACGUGUUCAACUGCUUCCAGGGAUUCAUCAUCUUCCUCAUCUUCAUCCUGAAACCCAAGAUCCUGCAGGCGGUGCGGGCGCGGCUGUGUGGUUGCUGCGGCCCACCGCCGCCCGCCAAGCCUCGCGGCCCCACGUGCGUCCUGCGAGGCACCACUGAUGACGAGACGGCCACGGGCUCUGACAUUCCCAUCAUGGUCACCACACGCAGCAGUCAGGAUGCCUAGCCUAUGACAACACCUUCAUCUGGCCUGCCUUCUUUUCUCGUGGUGUUUUAAAGCUAUACUUAUUUUUUUUUUUUUCGUACUACUACUGGUACUACUAUACUACUGCUGCUGCUGCUCCUACUACCAUUACUGCUGCAACUACUACUACUACUUCUACUACUACUACUACUACUACUACUACUACUACUACUACUACUACUACUACUACUACUACUACUACUACAUAUUUUCAUGCAUCACACCCUUUUUCUUUAUGGUGAAUGCAUAUAUUUCUCUCUCUCUCUCUCUCUCUCUCUCUCUCUCUCUCUCUCUCUCUCUCUCUCUCUCUCUUCACAGGAGAAACUGAAGUAAAGGGACUGAACAUAUCACAGCAAUGGUUGGAUCUGCAGGUUAUUAUAGCGCGUUAGUUCAGGCAUUAACUGUUGCAUGGAGUCUACUCUUUAUGUCGCUGUUAUGUUGUAUGUAGGUGGAUCGUUGCUUCAUUCGUUGUACCCCAUCGUUAGUAUCUAGUGGUGGUCCUGAAGUAAGAUGAUGUACUUCUAUAAGGCCUGUACUCUGAAACGCUUUGCUCUCUCACCAUCACUGCUUUCCAAAGGCUCCAGUUGAAGAUAAUCGUGUUUUUAAGGAUAUUAUUAAGUUUCUGGUGAUAGACUGGCAAUAUUUUUAGUUCAUGAACCCCUUCAGUAUUGAGACGCAUUUUUAUCAUGAGAUUUGUGUACGAUUAGACUAUUUUAUUGGCAUUAGGAAGGGUCUAAGAAGGUCACAAGGUUAAUGGCCACAGUCUUCACUAUUCUAAUCCUCUACAUGAAUAUCUGAAGCUGUAGAAAAUCACCAAAUAAUAAGCAGAAUGUAUAUGGAAACGCGUCAUGGUACUAAAAGGGACAAAAAGAGGAAACUGUCUUGAAAAUCGUGCUAGUUGUCUCUGUGGCCUUGGAAAAUUGUCGUAGUGAGAGGGCAAGGCGUUUCUCAAUUCAGGUGUAAGACUCUCGAUUCCAAACGUUCGACAUUGGAUUAGUUUUGUUAAGGGCGAUCUCAUCAGGCCACCUUACUCUCUCCUCUGUGUGUGCUUUUGUUUUUGUUUUUUUAUCUUUUUUUUUUUGGGCGGCAUCCAUCACUCAUGUGUAUUAUCAUUUUUCUUUUAACUGCAUCUAUAAACCUUUUCUUUUGGCUCUCCGUUUUACUUCGGCGAACUGAUCUCUAGCAUCCUUCUCCUCCUCCUCCUCCUCCUCCUGUUGCUGUCUAUCUUUUCCCGUGCAUUUCUUUGUAUUCCUCCUCCUUCUCGUGUCCUCCACUUUUGUCUUAUACAACUUAUUCUACGCUAAGUUUUCGCCUCCUUUCAUAGGUUUCAUAGACCCAUAUUCAGAAAUGCUCUGCUCUCUCACCAUGCUGUUUUCAAAGGCCACAGAGAUGAUGAACUGUGUUCUCAAGAGUGUUUUCUUCUGUUCAUAGUAAAGAAAUGUUGUAAAAUUUCUCACUAGAACCGUAAAAAGUAUUCUGAAGUCUUGUAAUAUCAUGUAAAGUCUUUUGAAAGUGGCGUAGGUGUGGCCAGAAGUGUUUCAGAAUAUGGCGAGUUAGUUUAGCAAUAAGUCGGUGGAAGAAUCAGGCUGUUAACCCCUUCAACACUGGGACACAUUUUUUACCUUGAAAUUUGUGUACAAUUAUACCGUUCUUUGGACAUUAGGAAAGGUCUAUGGAGGUCAGAAGAUUAAUAGCCAGAGUCUUCACUAUUUUAACCCCUUCAGUACUGUGAUACAUUUUCUACCUUGAAAUAUGCGUAUGAUUAGACCAUUUUAUUGACAUUAGGAAGGAUCUAUGGAGGUCAGAAGAUUAAUAGCCAGAGUCUUCACUAUUUUAACCCCUUCAAUACUGGGACACAUUUUUUUUUACCUUGAGAUUUGUGUACGAUUAGACCAUUAGACCAUUUUAUUGACAUUGAGAAGGAUCUACGGAGGUCAGAAGAUUAAUGGCCAGAGUCUUCGCUAUUUCAGUCCCCACAUGAGUUUCUGAAGCUGUAGAAAAUCACCAGAUAGUAACCAGAAUUAAUAUGGGAAUGCGUCAUGGUAUUGAAGGGGUUAAAAGCUUUCAGGGUGAAGAGAUAAUGUGUACAGUAAUGAAUAGAUGUAGGGAUGUAAGUUAGAGAGAUUGAAGUAUAUAGAGAGUGUUUUAGAGAGGAAUGGAGAGUGUACACGUAGUAGCACCAAUGGUUUUAUUAAUGAUACCUUUCCUUCAUCACUUACCAAUGUCACCAUCAUACUUGAGUGCCUAGAUCUGUACUGUCAGGGAGUAGAAAUAAAUGAAUAAUGAAAGAAAGAUUGAUAGAUAAAUGAAGAGUUGGUACGUGAUGACGAUAGUGAGAAUAAUAGGAGAAUAAGAUGUUUGGGAGGGAAAUUCAUGUCUUUAGUUACAUAAAAAAUAAAAAAAUAAAUGAAAAUUGUGGUUAUUAUUAUUUACCUGUUGUUCCACUGAGAAUGUGUAUGGCAGCCUAUACUUAUGUGUUAGGCCAUAAAAAACAAAUAAAUAAAACAAGAAAUUACCUACAGUAUAUACAACUUUAAA